CCUACAAGAAAGGCAAUGAUUCUCCACAUAUCUGUGGCAAUGAAGGCUAUGCUUUGGCACAGUCUUCUUCCAGCAUUCACUGAGUAUAUGAUCGAGCAUGGUUGGACCAAAUGUUACUCUACACUUGACGAUUUCCUCUGUUUCCUCUACAUAAUUCUCUAUCUUGUUCUAGUUGAGAUUGGGGUUUAUUGGGUUCACAAAACGCUGCAUGACAUUAAAUUUCUCUAUAAGCAUAUCCAUGCGACCCAUCACAUCUACAACGAGAAAAACACAAUCUCUCCAUUUGCUGGGUUCGCAUUCCAUCCGGUUGACGGGAUACUUCAGGCUGUACCGCACGUGAUAGCGCUCUUUAUAGUGCCGAUUCAUGUUAUAUCACAUCUGAUUCUUUUGUUUUUGGAAGGGAUAUGGACAACAAGCAUCCAUGAUUGCAUCCAUGGUAACAUCUGGCCUAUAAUGGGAGCAGGAUACCAUACCAUACACCAUACGACAUACAAGCAUAACUAUGGUCACUAUACCAUAUGGAUGGAUUGGAUGUUUGGCUCUCUUAGAGUUCCUUUAACGGAAGAUUGCAGUUACAAGAAGAAAACAAACUGAGAAUGUCCAAAAGUUCACAUUUUUCUUCUUCUUCAUAUGUUCUUCUUCUCGUGACUCUUAAAACUUUCAAAUCACUUUGUUGGAAACAGAAACAUGACCGCAUAAUUUGAUGCAAAGUUUCUGACAUUCUCUUUUAAAAAUCUUUUUAUUAUUAAUCUUGUAUAUGUGUGGGAUAUUUUAGAUUUAAAAUCUGAAAGAUUAUGUAUAA